UCAUAUCAUGGAGCCAACUGGAAUUGACAGCAUGGAAAAGAAGGAGCUGAAAGACCAUUCCAUACUAUCUUCAUCAGCAAUGAAGUAUGUUCGUCCAUUGACCCGGAGCACAUCCACUCUCCUUCACUGAAUAUGCUAAUAAGUUUACGCCUGGAAGCCUGUGUGGCCCCAUGACAGUUGUUAUAGUCGGCAAUUGCAAAAUCAAUGUACAUACCAGCGUCCUCCGGAAAUCAUGCUCCGACCUCUUCCAAGUGUUUACCCGGCGUGGAGGAGAGGAUAACGAUGCAUCAAGCGUGCUGAUUCAAAUUGGCGAUAAAGAGGUGGUGAAGGCAUACAUACACUGGCUCUACUCCGGGAAAAUUCCCAGGCCGCAUGAACCAGUAGACAAGUUGUUCGUCUUUUUCGCCUAUGCUUAUGUCUUCGGCGACGAAAUCGGGGAUCCCAAGUUCAAGAAUGCAGUUAUUGAGACUAUGGCUGUCUACGCAAGAGACAAUUGCAAAUUCAACGCACGAGGGGCCAUAGAGGUUAUCUGCGGGGGUACGCAAGAGUCGUCUCUUGCCUGGUGAUUUAUGGCGGCUGUCUAUGCACACACGGCUUCCUACCAGGAUAAUUGGUUCAAUUGGUUCAAUACGUUGGAGCAGUGCCCAAGAACCUUCAGAAAGGAAGUCUUGCGAAUCUUGAUCACCGAGAAGUUCACUGAGAGCGAGAUCUCAUGGCUGGAAAAGUUA